UAUCAUUUCUUAACUACUUCCAGCUAAGACUCCAGCUAAGACUUCAGCUAAAACUCCAGCCAAAAUUCCAGCCAAAACUCCAGCUGAAGUCUGGGUCUUAUCGAUGUUUUUUUCUCCAUAUAAAGCUGUUGAAUAUUCAAUUGAAUGUCGCUGCUUUGUCUCCAAGAAACUAGCUCAAGAAGCAAUGAGAAGAGAAGCACGACGUCUAUACAAAAAUUCAGAUUGUAUUCAAGGAGCUAGAAACAAAUACUAUAGGGAGCACGAAACGGAAAUACACUUUAGCGAGAGCGAAGAUGGACCUGAUUAUCGUAGAGAGUUUGGUUAUUGUGAAAUUAAAUCUGCAAAAUUGGAAGACAAAGAAAGUGGAGAUGAAGUACCUUCAAGUACAGAUGAAGAUAGCGAUGAAUAUUGAAUAAGGUAUUAAUGAACAUUUUCCAGUUCACUCUCUUAUGCCUUGAUUA